AUGACCAGACGAUCCAGAGAACUCAAAAUAGAUAUGGAAAGAUUUGAAGAACUUCAGAAAAGAGAGAAGGAACUUGAAGCAGAUAUCCCACCCAAUAGAAGUCAAAGAUCGUCACUGAGCCCAAUUGUAAAGGUGGAAGGGGAAGAGGAAAGAAUACACAUAGUUCCAAGGGUAAGGGAGCCCAAGAGUGCUGUAAAUGCCAAAUUCCGUGCUACAAAUCGAUUUUUCAAUAAUAUGAAACCAAAGUAUUUAUACACCAAAGAUGCUAAACGAUCGGAGCCAGUAUUCGAGAAGCCAGUCACAAAGAAAGUGAAGGACAAGGUAACCAAGAACACCAAGAAGAAGAACUCCAAGACUGCAUCUGCCACCACCACGAAGCCCACAUUCACCGCCAAACCACCAUUAGUGACCGAUAAGAAAAAUGUACGACUGUUUGAGAGCCACACCGUGCUAUCAAACACAUAUCUGGACUUGAUCGGUAAGGUUAGAUCAGAAAUAAAUGAGAUGGAUAUCCCUUUACAUCAUCAGUUUGUCCCGAAAAAUCUCGUUUAUGAAAAGCAAAGAUUUGACAUUAACGAGGAAACGGACAUGUUUUCAAGUUUUGACAUUGAUUUAUUUUUCCAGAGAUUUGACCAGGAGGGCAGCAAUGCGAGGAAGGUACCAUUAGUCUAA